GGAAGCCCAUGAACUGGCAAAGAAUGUUCUACCUCUUCAGGAAGCCAGCAGUAAACUCCGAGCAUCACAUCUGUGGCUGCCCAAUUCCUUCUCUAAACUCCACUCCCUAGAACUGCUGAAGCUGUAGACACAGAGAAUGGUUUAUGACGAAGGCUUUAUGAGCAAUAGAUAGCAAAGGUACAUAUCAAACCAUGAGUACAUAUAUCCAUACGCACAGUUUAUGACCAGUAUGAAGGUUAUACAAGCAAAACAUAACAAAGGCACAUAUGUCUAUACUCUUUGACUUAGCAAUUCUACUUCUGGGUAAUAAAUGUGAACAUAAAGGUCAUUAUUGAAAUUUUUGAAAUGGUAAAAGGCUGGAAAUAACUCAAAAGCCCAUCAAUGAGGAAAUUGGUUGAAUAAAUUAUGGUAUACCCACACAAUAGAAUUCUAUGUAGUGGUAAAAAGGAACAAGGAAACAUUUUAGGUAAGGCCACUGAAAGCUUUCCAAGACAUAUUGUUAUGUUAAAAAAGCAAGGUGUGGCACAUGUGGAUUACCUUGCUACUAUUUGCAUUAAGAAGGGGGAAAAAUUUAGAAUACAUGUACAUUUGAAUUUUCUUGUCAUGCAAAAAGCAACUGAAAGGACAUAUUCAAAAGAGACGGUGUUGCUACCUUGAAGCAAGUUUAGAGAUAGGCAGAUGGAGGAUGGGUGUUAGAGGUAGACUUCUCACUGACAGUGAUGACAAAAAGACCAGCUAAGAAGUAAAUAUUAGCUGUCAGUAAACAGAGAAGAUGUUACUGAUUCAGAAGCUGAUAAAAAUUUUAGGUGUUCUUUCCCUCAGAGUGAUACUAUGACCCGUUUAAAGAAGUAUGUCAUUGCCCCUGUCUACAAAUAGCACUAGUUUUCUAAUUUAUGACUUUAGGCCUCCUCCACAGACACGCUGCUUGUCACGGGAGUACCCCUCACCUAUCACGUGACAUGUUAAAGACCUGGAGUGUGACAGGCGAGGCUGCAGGCUGACAGGUCUCCCACUUCAGCAAGAUGAAACUGCCCAAAACAACACCACUGUUGUUGUUCCUGGUCUCCCAGAUAGCCAUCUGCCUCAUAUUCACCCAUUUGUACAGCUUCAACUUCAACUCCCCAUCUACGAGGGAGGGGCUCAAGAACACGCACGUCUUGGUCCUGUCUUCCUGGCGCUCUGGCUCUUCUUUAGUGGGGCAGCUUUUUGGGCAGCACCCAGAUGUCUUCUACCUUAUGGAGCCUGCCUGGCACAUCUGGAUGACCUUCACACAAAGCACACCGUGGAGGCUGCAUAUGGCGGUGCGGGAUUUGAUACGUGCCAUCUUUCUGUGUGACAUGAGUGUCUUUGAUGCCUACAUGGAACCUGGUCCCCGAAAACAGUCCAGCCUCUUCCAGUGGGAAACCAGCCGGGCUUUGUGUUCCCUGCCUGCCUGUGACAUCUUCCCGCAGGAUAUGAUCAUACCCCAGGCUCACUGCAAGCUCCUGUGCAGUAAGCAGCCCUUUGAGGUGGUAGAGAAGGCCUGUCGCAACUACAGCCACGUGGUGGUCAAGGAGGUGCGCUUCUUCAACCUGCAGGUGCUCUACCCACUGCUGAGGGACCCUUCACUCAAUCUGUACAUUAUACACCUGGUCCGGGACCCCCGAGCGGUGUUCCGUUCCCGAGAACACACCAAAGGGGAUCUCAUGAUUGACAACAACAUUGUGAUGGGGCAGGAGCGGCAGAAACUCAAGGAGGAUGACCACCUCUACUAUGUGUUGCAGGUCAUCUGCCAAAGCCAGCUGGAGAUCUAUAAGGCUGUGCAGACUUUGCCCGAAGCCCUCAAGCAGCGCUACCUGCUCAUGCGUUAUGAGGACCUGGUCCGGGACCCCCUGGCCCAGACUGCUCGAAUGUAUGAAUACGCAGGGUUGAAAUUCUUGCCCCACCUCCAGACCUGGGUGCAUAACAUCACUCGAGGCAAGGGCAUGGGUACUCAUGCCUUCCUUACAGAUUCCAGGGACGCCCUCAAAACUUCCGAGGCCUGGCGUUCGUCCUUGCCUUACAAAAAGGUUUCUCGGCUUCAGAAAGUCUGCGGUGACAUCAUGAAGUUGUUGGGCUACCGCCUUGUCAGAUCAGAGCAAGAGCAGAGGAACCUGUCACUGGAUCUUCUGUCUGCCUGGAACCCCACCAGGCAAUUCUAUGAAGAGGAUUAGGAGGCUCCGUCUCCACUCGGCACCAGCCUCAGCCACGUUAGCUGAAGGCUGCUUCUAAACCUUAAUCACCCAUAUUUUGCCACGUAUAAUGAGCUCCCGUGUAUAAUCCAUGCUCACGUUUUUGUGUGCAUUAUACACAGGAUUAUUACACCCAUUAUUAUAUCCAUGGUAUGUAAUCAUUAUACCCAGGUAUAAUGUGCAUCCUUAUUUUUCCCUCAAAAAUUUGGGCAAAAAAGUGCACAUUAUACACAGCAAAAUAUGGUAUGUCUCUGCCUGUAUAUAUGUGAACACAAGUUGUGUCCACACAUGCUCAAGCUGAGAAAUCUUUGUAGCUCUACUGAGGUCUAGAAAAGAGACUCAAUAACCUUAUGUGAGUAGCACAUUCCCCCACUGAAAAGGGAGUACUGCCACCUUCUCUUCUUGGUCUUCCUAUUUGUGUAUACCUCAGAGACUUCAUGGCCUGGGGUCCUAUUUGGCACUACACAGUAUCAGUGGAGUAAAUCCACUAAUUUCUCUGCCCAUAUAUUGCCCAGUGGGGAAGGAGAGAGAGAGGAAAAAUCAGGGAAAUGGGUCUUUCAGUACAGAUCCCACUAGUGCAUUCCACAGGGAUGUGAAAUCUGAGCCCUGGGAGCUCCCAGUGGAUUCAAAAAGCGAAUGAGGAACAGGGCUGGACGCUUACCCAUGAGUCUGGCCAUCACAAUUAUCCAUUAUUGCAAACAUGAAACAAAAUCUCUACACAACAGAGCAAGCUCUUAAGUUCAUGCGGUGGCUGGGCCUGAUUUAGAUGCCACUUCUCCGCACUGUUUUCUUACUACAUGGAAGAUUUUGACCUGUGAAGCUGCUGUUAAGGUUAAAAUUCCAAAAAAUAAGAUUGUGUUUGGAAUGUCCCCUUUGCGUGUUCUAAUUUUCUUAACAGUAAAUGCUCAUUCUUAGAGGACCCUAACCUAAGAACAUAAUCAUCUUCAUAUAUAUCUUUUUCUUUUGCUAUUAUCUACCACUCACACAGAAAAAUUACCAAGACAAUGUUUGUUGUCAGAUGACAAAGUCUAAACUGAUCAACACUAAUUGAUACAUUGUCCUCUUAAGAAGUUGUAGAAAGUAGAUAACUAGUAACUAAGCCCUUUCUCGUGUGAGGCAUAAGUUGUAAUAUUACCAUAUGCAUCAAUCUAGGGUCUGGGCAAAGAAUUCAGGUUCUACCUCAGUCCUGGUAUAGUAGGUGCUAUUUAGCUCUUCCUGGUCACCUCUCCUAACAAGAAGGGAUGUUUCUCCCAGUCUUUGCAACAUUCCCCAGAUCUAGUUGUGCAUUACCAUCAGUUAAAAAUUUAUUUUGCCAUGGCUUACCUUAGAUUUGCUGGAAUAGGAAUCUCCCAGGGCGAGGGAUGGGAAAUAUAUAUAUAUAUAUAGCAAGUGAUCCAGGUGACUCUUCCAUGGCCAGCCUGGCAACAGUAUAGCCUGCCCUAGACAACAGCACUAUUGGCCUUCUUGCUCCAAGACAGGUGACUUUCCAUGACAUGCCAAGUACCUACACCACUCACUCCUGACACUGGUGCUGUCCUCAGGCUGGAGGGAACAGGAAGGUCUAUAUCUGUCUGGAAUUCCUUGGUCCUCUGAGUCCUAACUUUUUAAAUAGUUCAUUGUCCAAACCUGAGAGAUAAUGUCAUUUCAUCUUUCCUUGUGUUCCCACUCCCAUUCUGACAUGGUCCUCACAUCAUAAAGCUCCUUGAACGUCAGAUAAGGGUCUCUCCCCCUCUCCUCUGCCAAGCAGCUUUUGGGCUUAUCGCCACCAAAGACAGUUGAGUAGCUACCUUUGCCAGCUGGGUCUUUGAAGUUAAUUUAUAUGGGGCUUUAAAGAAGUGAAUUUAUUCUAAGAUCCAAUCCCAAGCCACUCUAGACAUUCCUCAAGAGCCUAGGAUCUCCCAGGCAAAUGCUCUUCCCUCUACAAACAUUAAGACAGUGUAGCAUAAAAUCACGCUAUAUCACCUCUUUAAAAAUCCAGUGUUGAGAGAUACUUAGUGAGCAAUGGAACAGUCUCCUGGCCAUGCGUUCUGGUGGCUGACACUGGAUUCAGUGAUGAGAGUGGCAGUACACCCAGAUGAUGAGAGUGAUGAGAGUGGGAUAUGGGGAGUCUGGGGAGCUGAGAACCUGUGAGGAGCAUAGAAGAUGGUGUUCUGGGAAACAGCCUUUCUAAUUUAGAGACAUCUGUUCCAUCCCCAAAUCCCAGCAACAGAGAAGGCAUCUGCUUGUCUCCUCAGCCUAUUUAGCUACAUGGGGCCUGAGGAUGUUCAAACAUAGAUGAGGGAUGAAGUUGAUCCGAAUUUCUCAGGGCUAGUAUUCAGAUUUGGGGAACAAGGUCUCUUGUGUCUAGAUCAAGCAUAACGGCCUCAACUGCCUCACUUCAGGACAGAAAUUCAUGGUUUAAAAAAAAUCAUACUGGGUAACUACCCUAAGCUCUCCGCUUUGGGGACAGAAAGGAGUCAAACAUUGUAAACAGUUUUUUUUGGAGGGUGAGAAAGAUAGUUUUGAAACAAAGGGGCUUUCACUGUAAUUUACUGUUACUAUGUGGCUUCAUUUUCUACAUGAGAGCAAUUGCUAAGUUUUUAGUAAAUGUCAAUCAAAACUAUUCUUUCAACUUAUAAAUAGUAGU